AUGUUUAGAAUAAGGAAACAGUCUCUAAACAGGAAAUUAAAACUACAAUGUUUUAUAUCGACGACAAAAUCCAAACCUAAUCAUUUGCAUACGUAUCAACCUCGAGAAACUUUGGGAUUAUCUUAUAGUCAAAUCUUACCUAAACAAUUAGAUCUUUCACCUACAAGAAAUUCAUCAAAAGUAUUAUUCAAAGGAUUAGAUCCAAAAUUAAGGAUUAAAGAUGAAGAAAUGUUCCAAGCAAUUCCUUGGUCUUCACAAUAUGAUUCUGUCACGAGAAAUCCUUUUGCUAAGGAUUUGCAUCAUUUACAAUCAUUAUUAGAUGCGUUACUAACAUCGAGGAAUUUCAAAAGAGCCGAUAAAAUUCUAGAAACUAUCUUUGAAAUCACCAUGAAGAGUAGGAAUGAAAGUUCUCAUAAAGAAUACCUUUUUGCAUUGAAUAAAUAUCUUGAAAAUUAUGCUACACAAAAGAAUAUCACUGUUCAUGAUUUAGAGAAAUAUUUCAAUGAAAGUUUUAAUGGUAUGACCCCGACGAAAGAUGAUAAAACUUAUGCUAUUUUGAUAGCAAAAGCUUUAAAAGAUAAUGAUUUCAGGAAAUAUGAACGUUACUUAUCGGAAAUCAUCCCUUAUAAGACAUUAACCAAGAAUACUUUGAGUCAUAUUGAUAUCUUAGGAGUAGAUUAUAUCAUCAACAUUAUUAAGAAUAAAGAUAUUGAAAAAGGUCAUAUCCCUGAGAAUUUCAUCCCAUUAUAUGAAGAAGUUUAUCAAAGUAAUGAAGAAAAUGAAAAUUUGAAUAAGAUUGAAUCCAUUUCUAAGGAUUUAGAUCAAUUGAAAUCUGUUGAUUCUUUCGGUUUGAAAGUUAUCAGAAAUACUUUACUUGGAUUGAAUGCUGAAACUAAUGACUCGCAAAAUCUUAUUAAUGAAAUGAUUAAAGAUUUAGAGAAAGGUUUAAAUAAGGAUUUUUCUGAAACCGGAGAAAGAGAUUACUUUAAAUUAUAUAAAUUCUUGAAAACUGAUGAAGAAAGACAAAAAUAUAUCGAAGCUUUGGAUAUCUUCAAUUUAACAAGACAAAAGUCUGUGGAGUUAAAAGGUAAUAGUUCAGCUUUAGAGAGAUGGAAACAUACAAGUAAUGAUUUAAAGAAACGAGGAGUUUUAUCAAUAAAUAAGAAAUUGAAUGAUUAUUUAUUUGAAUGGUAUGAACAAUUAGUACCUCAUAUCAUUGAAGAAGCUAAAUUAUGUAAGAAAGUAUUGAAUGGAGAAAUCAAUAUUGAUAAACUUGAUCCUUCAGAAAGAGCAGUUUAUAAAGAAAGACAAAUUUAUAGCCCAUAUUUUGUUUUGGUUACACCAGAAAAGAUGGCUGUAGUGACAAUUUUAGAACUUUUGAAACUUAAUUCCAGUAAUGGAGUUAUGGAAGGUAUGAAAACUGCCAAAGCUUUAGUUACUGUUGGUAAGGGAAUUGAAGUUGAAUAUAAAUCACAAAAAUUAUUAGAUUCAGAUAAUAAAUUUGUUUCUAAGAAAGCUAGAAGUUCAAGAGAAUGGGAUAAAAUCAUUAGAAUCAUCAAGAAUCAUCAUCCAAAUAGUACCAAUACCAAAGAAUUCGAUGAAUGGGAUGGUCAAACACAUCUUAAGAUUGGUGCUGUUCUCACCAAAUUAUUAUUACAAGUAGCUAAAGUUACUGUUCAUGGUACUGAUCCAACUACUGGUAAUAAAGUUAGUGGAUUAUUACCAGCAUUUACUCAAAAUUUCGAAUACAUGAAAGGUCAAAAAUUAGGGGUAUUGAAAGUUCAUAAGAAGAUUGCUUCAUUAUUACAAUCAACUGAUGAAACCACUUCAUUAAUUCCUGAUUAUUUACCAAUGUUAUCACCUCCAAAACCAUGGACUUCAUACAAUGUCGGAGGAUAUUUAUCCAGUUCGACAUUUUUGGUGAGAACUAAAGAAUCUGCUGAGACAUUUGCUUAUGUUAAAGCAGCUUCUGAAAGAAAUGAUUUAGUUAAAGUUUAUGAUGGAUUAAAUGUUUUGGGUGACACUGCUUGGACAGUUAAUAGAAAAGUUUUGGAAGUUAUAACGAAAUAUUGGAAUACUGGAGAAGAAUUUCUUGAUAUUCCUCCAGAUAUUGGUGAACCAAAAUUACCUGAACCAGUAGCUCCAAAUUCUGAACCUGAAGUUCUUAAAGAUUAUCAAAGAAGAGUUAAAACUGCUGUUAAUUUGGCAUCAAGUCUUAAAUCUCAAAGAUGUGAAACUAAUUAUAAAUUGGAAAUCGCUAGAGCUUAUGUUGGUGAAAGAAUGUUCUUCCCUCAUAAUGUUGAUUUUAGAGGUAGAGCAUAUCCUAUAUCACCAAAUUUUAAUCAUUUAGGUAAUGAUUUAACUAGAUCUUUAUUCUUAUUCUGGGAUGGUAAAGAAUUAGGUAAUGAAGGUUUAAGAUGGUUAAAAAUUCAUUUAGCUAAUUUAUAUGGUAUUGAUAAAGUUUCUUUAGAUGAUAGAGAAAAAUUUGCUGAAGAGAAUUUAAACCAUAUUUUCAAAUCAGCAGAACAUCCAUUUGAUGAAAAUAGUUGGUGGAUGAAGGGAGAAAAACCAUGGCAAGUAUUAUCAGCAUGUUUUGAAUUAAAUGAAGCAUAUAAAUUAUCUGAUCCAACUAAAUUCAUUUCUCAUUUACCUGUUCAUCAAGAUGGUUCAUGUAAUGGUUUACAACAUUAUGCUGCUUUAGGGGGUGAUAUUGAAGGGGCUCGUCAAGUUAAUUUAGUUCCUGCUGAUAGACCUCAAGAUGUUUAUUCUCAUGUGGCUGCGAAAGUUCAAGAAAAAGUCGAUGAAGAAGCUGCUGAAGGUAAUAAAUAUGCUGUGUUCUUACAAGAUAAAAUCACUCGUAAAGUUGUGAAACAAACAGUUAUGACCAAUGUUUAUGGUGUUACAUUUGUUGGUGCUAGUGAUCAAAUUAAGAAACAAAUCAAACAUUAUUUUUCUCCUGGUGAUAAAGAUGAAUUAGCAAAACAUUCCCUUUAUUUAACAACUCACGUAUUUAAUGCUAUCAGACAAUUAUUUGAAGGUGCUCAUAAGAUUCAAGAUUGGUUAGGUGAUGCAGCUAAAAUCAUUAGUAAAUCUAUUGCUGUAGAUUUUGAAGAAGAAGCUACUAGUGGUGAUGGAAAUAAUGGUUUAAACCAUUUAUCAACAGUAAUUUGGUCUUCACCUGUAGGAUUACCUUGUGUUCAACCUUACAGAGCUGUAAGGAAACAAAGUGUUGCUACUAAUUUACAGAAUGUUGUUAUAACUGAUCCUUUUAGUAAUUCACCUAUUGAUGCUAGAAAACAAAAGACUGCUUUACCACCAAAUUAUGUUCAUUCUUUAGAUGCUUCUCAUAUGUUAAUGACCGCUGCUAGUUGUAGAGAAUUAGGAAUUUCUUUUGCUUCAGUUCAUGAUUCUUAUUGGACUCAUGCUUCAGAUAUUGAUUUAUUGAAUAAGAAAUUAAGACAAGAAUUUGUUAAUUUACAUAAAGAGAAUUUGGUUUUGAAAUUAAAAGAAGAAUUUGAAGCUAGAUAUAAAGGUUUCUUACAAGUAAUCAAUUUAUCAAGAGAUCAUGAAUUAUGUAAGAAGAUUCAAGAUGUAAGAAAGAAGAUUUCCAAAGAAUUAGGGAGAAAUAUUAGUUUUGCUGAUGAAAUCAGUUUAGAAAAAACUAGAAGAAGAUUAUUGAAUUCAGAUGAUGCUGAAGAAAGACUUCAAGGAGAACAAUUAGUAACUCCAUUAAGUGUUACUGAAGAUUAUGAUCCUUUAAGUUUACCACAAAAAGUAGGGGGAUUACAGGUAUUAGUUCCUAUAGCAUUCCCUGAAGUACCAAAAAGAGGAGAUUUCGAUGUUGAAGUUGUUAAAGAUUCAACCUAUUUCUUUUCUUAA